CUCCACGCUUUCGGGACUGGCUUCGGCCAUCCAAAAUGACGUCCUCAGUCUCUGCCCUUCUCGACGUGUGGAUUCCAUGGCUGACCUACCUUGGGAUAGGUAUCGGAAGCGAAAACUUUGUAGUUGGAGGUCUGGUUGCGGCAGGUGUGGCGAUUGCGGGAUUCAUUUUCCAAGCUUUCCGGUUCUACUACCAGAGGACUUUGCGGACUUGGCCGAAGCCACAAGCAGUAGGAAUCCUUAUGACCUGGGUGGGCAACGCCGUAUACGUAUCUAGAAUAGCUUCCAACAAAGAGACAGCAUCCCGAUACACUCUCCUCGUCGUUAUCACAGGUGUAGUGCUGUCAAAUUUCAUCGCGAUAGUCAUGGGUCAUCCAGCCUUACUCGAUGAAGCGAAAGAGCACGUGGCGAGCGAGGAAGAGGAGAAACACCCUCUCUUCCUCCGGAUGCAUACCAUCGCAUCGUACGGCCUUCUCUUUCUGAGCCUCCUGGAGUGGCCCUGCUUUUUCCUCGCGGCUUUCAGAUUUCCAAACGAUAAAGGUGGGAACAUCGGAAGAAUAGGGAAGGAGAUGGAAGGGACUUGGAGGACGCAAUAA